UUGAGCGUUGCAGCUGAACCGAAGUGCAUACAAGGACAAGCGUACCGCAAUCAAUUCGGAGACUUCACCACCUGUUCACCGGGUGUAGGCUGCCCGUCCAACCACGAGUGCUAUUUCGACGGAGAGCAGUGGGGAUGUUGUCCCACAAAAGCUUUCACCUGCUCACUAAACGCUGAUCCGGGAGUGCAGUGCGGUGCUGGAUCAACUUUUCGAUAUUUUUACAACGCUCAGACUCAAAAUUGCGAGACUUUUCAAUAUAAUGGAUGCGACGGAAACUCGAAUAACUUCGCAAACCGGGAGCAAUGCGAACAACAUUGCAGCGUUGGAGGAUGUCCGUAUGGUGGGACACCGCUUCGAGACCAUUCAGGCAUGCUCACAGUCUGUUCUAGCCAAGAAAACUGUCCAAACUCCUACGAAUGCAGUCCAGUGAUCGUGGGAACGGCAUGCCCAGCGGGAAAUGUGGCCUAUGUCGAUCCUAAUUCUCAGAUGCCAAUCCAAUGCAAUGAAGCGCUCAGUAACAGUUGUCCAAACGGAUACACCUGCACUUUCAACGCUCUUAUCAAUGGACAUGUUUGCUGCGGGGCAUCUGACCAAGGCGAGUUUGAAAAAUGUAUAGUUGUCUCAAAAUUCUUGACUGAUCUCUUCUCACCUAGGCGUAUGUCCCGAGGAGGAGAAGGCAUUCAUCAGUACUGCCGAUAUGUCACCACGAGAAUGCAUCGUGAACGUGGAAGCUUCCUGUCCUGCCAAUUACCUAUGUCGCUUCAACAUGCAGAGAAA